CAGGAAGUGGUGACGAAUAAUGUGCUAGUUAUAUGAGAAAAAUUUGCUACUAGGUGGAAGAGCAGCAAAAUGCAACAGCUAUGGUUUUUGCUUUUGCUGGCCGCCUUGCUUUUGCUUGAGACUUCGGACGCGAAGAGGAAGUCUUCUUCAUCCAGAUCUUCAGGCCGUGGGAGUGCGUCGAAACCAGCAUCACUAAAAACGGCAAAGAAUACAAAUUUACGUAACAAUGAAGCCGUCCAAAAAGCAGCAAAUGCGUUCAAAAGUGGUUUGAAUAAAAAGGAUUCAAACAGAAAAUCCGCACUUCCCACUAAUCUCAACCAACCUAGUGCAACCAAUUUAAACCAGCCGCAAUUAUCGAAACAUUCUUACAAACGACCGCCGAGCUCUAAUAGCGAAUUAAAUUACGCCCAAAGAGCACCGAACCAACAAAACUACCCUCAACAGCCACAGGGCUCGCCACCUCUGAUUGCAAACUAUGGAAAUCCACCACCUAACAACCCCUACCUGCAACCACAAGGAUCUUUUCCUCAAAAUGGAAUGCAAUACCCAAUGAUGCAGCCCAUGGGCUAUCCAAUGCCCAUGCAACAACCAACACAACAAGCAGGAGAAAAGUCUUCUUUUUUGUCAAAAUUGAUCCCACGACCUGUUGUUGAUUUAACACCACUUCUUAUCCUUCCUGCUAUUAAAAAAGUGGGUGAGGUAUUUGGUGGCAGAAAAAAUCACCAUCCAAGGACCGGGAAUGGAGGGAACGCAACUUUUGACGGUGGAAACAGCAGCGUGUCUAACUUUGACCAAUUAAACGGCACAAACAGCACGCAAGAUAUGGACUUCAGCUAUGGUCCCCAGCCGUAUCACCCGUCACCAUUUUACUACCCACCUUUUAUGAACAACUCUGCUUUUCCGCAUCCACCUUUCUUCCCCCGCCCUUUCAUGAACAACAACUCCGAUUAUCCGCAUCCACCUUUCUUCCCCCCUUUCAUGAACAACAACUCUGAUUAUCCGCAACCACCUUUCUUCCCCCGCCCUUUCAUGAACAACAACUCCGAUUAUCCGCAUCCACCUUUCUUCCCCCCUUUCAUGAACAACAACUCUGAUUAUCCGCAACCACCUUUCUUCCCCCGCCCUUUCAUGAACAACAACUCCGAUUAUCCGCAUCCACCUUUCUUCCCCCCUUUCAUGAACAACAACUCUGAUUAUCCGCAACCACCUUUCUUCCCCCGCCCUUUCAUGAACAACAACUCUGAUUAUCCGCAACCACCGCCUAUCUACCCUGGCAUUUUCGGUCCAUACUUACCAAUGAACCCUCAAAAUCAAUCUAUUCCCUUUCCCAUGCCGUUUCCCAACUACGCAAAACCUCAUUUCCAUCAAUACAAUUUGACCAAGGGUGAAAAUGAUGGUCAAGCGGGUGGAGCGGUGGCUACAGUGGAGGAAAAUGAGAAUGAAAUAGGAAGAAACAGCUCUGUAACAGGAGAAGACAAUUCUGCUGCUAAUCCAGCUGUCGAUGAUGAAGUAUUAGUUGAUCCAGAAGAAAAAAGGAUCAGGUUGAAACAAGCUCAGAAAAUGUAG